AUGUUAUCAAACUUAUUUAUUGAAUCUAUUCAAGAUGCAGUCACUCAAUCAACCACCAAUGAUCUUUGUUUAGUAGUGUAUAUUACAGAUUCAAACCAAUCUAAUGACAGCGACAAAUGGUUAAAAAAAUGGUUCCAAUUAGACAAUAUUGCUAAACUAAAAUCUAUGGCUAUAUGGCUAAGGAUAUUUAAUGGCUCACAAGAAUUGCAAUAUUUUGAACAAAUCUUUCCCGGUGUAGUUAUACCAUCACUUUAUUUGAUUUAUAAGGGUCAGAUUAAAUUAUUACUUAUGGAUGAUCCAAAUGUAACUGAUGAUACGAUUAAAAACUAUUGGAAUCAAUUAUUCGAUUGUUUACAUUCAUGUACGCCAAGAAUGAAUACUUCGAGUAUUGAUCAAAGGGAUUCUCCCUCCUCUUCAUCUUUGCCCACCUCCUCUGAUUCUUCCAAUACCAACAAUAAUAUCAAACCAUCUAAAGGAAAUAAGAAAACUUUUAGGCAGCAAGUAGAAGAAACUACACAACAAUUAUAUAGAGAAAAAAUCGAAAAAGAAAGGCGAUUAGAUAGAGAAGAAAGAGAUCGAAUUCUAAGGUUAGUUAAAGCAGAUAGGAAAGAGAGAAAGGCAAGAGAACAUGAAUUACAUUUAAGAAUUGACAAUGUUGCUACUACUACUGUUAAUGACAAUAAUGAUUUAAGUGUUCAUGACAACAUUAAAAAUGAGGAACUUUUACAUUCUGUCAAUUGUAUUUUACAAAUAAAAUUGACAAAUGGAAAGUCCAUAAGACAUACUUUUGAUCAUAAGGAUACUUUAAAUGAUGUUAGAAAAUGGGUUGAUUUGAAUAGAACCGAUUCUCAUGUUCCAUAUGCAUUCCAUAGAUCUAUGCCUAGAUAUACUUUUCAAGAAUCAGAUGAAUUGGAAUCCUUAGAAUCUUUGGAAUUGACUCCGAGAUCUUUGUUAAUCUUAAAACCUUUAGAAACUUCCACAAAUAAAUUAAAUACCUCUGAUAUUGAGAAUCCUGGCUUGUUUGGCAGAGUUUACAAUACAUUUUCUGCCUUUUGGGGUGGAUAUAGUAACAACACUGAUGGCAAUAAUAAAAACUUAAAUGAUAAUCAAUUAAAUCCAUUAGACAUGAGAAGUAUGAACAACAGUGAUCUCAGUUUAAAUGAUAAUUCAAUAAUAACAACAAGAUUUGACACGUCAAUUUUCGGUAAUCGUUAUAGUAACAAUAAUAAUUCUAACACUACCAACAAUAAUAACAAUAUAUCAAGAUCAUUGACUCCCAAUGUGUUUCAUUUCUUUAAUACAGACACUAAUGACAAUAAUUCAGAUGAUGAUAGUGAUAAAGAGAAAGAAACUUAUAACGGAAAUAAUAUUAAAUUAGAGAAAAGAAAGGAUGAUUAA